CGGAAGAGCAGAAGAAUAAGACGUCAGACUUGGGUCACAGUGAAGUCACAUGAGGCGUAAUAAAAUUUCCAUCUCGCUUUUGCAGAUUUUCAGUAAGAUAUUACUAUUAAACAAAGUAAUAGCGAGUUAACCGAUAGUUUGCCAAAACGAUAAAAACAUGGACGAGGACGGUUUACCGAUUGUGGGAUCAGGAAUUGAUCUGACCAAGGUCCCAGCCAUACAACAGAGGAGAGUCGUUGCCUAUCUCAACCAGUUCAUUGUGCACACUGUCCGCUUCCUCAAUCGUUUUUCGACAGUUUGCGAAGAGAAACUUGCAUGCAUAUCUCUUCGGGUACAGCAGAUUGAAACUACCCUCAGCAUUUUGGAAGCAAAGCUAUCCUCUAUUCCUGGUUUGGAGGAUGUCAGGGUGGAGGGUGUUGGUCAGCGGCCAGCUACAGAGGUCAAUGGUCCAGUCGCAGUCGUGGUCCCAAGUCAUCCAGAGACCCCUAUAGCUGUGGCUGUGCCAUUGCCACCUCCUGAGGCUUCUCCAAACAUAACAGAACCAAGAGCAGCAGAGGCAGCAGGAGACAGUUGGGUGACUGUGGCCAAGGACCCACGCUAUGCCAGAUAUCUCAAGAUGGUGCAAGUGGGUGUUCCAGUUAUGGCGAUAAAGAAUAAAAUGGUCCAGGAAGGUUUGGAUCCCAAAUUGCUUGACACACCAGAUGCACCUGUGUCUGAUGCCGUCAAAAAGAAAACACUGGAUCAAGAUGAUGACAGCGAUGAUGGCAGUGAGUCAUCUUUCAGCGAUUGAUCUGCUGUCUUAGCCAUGAAGUUGCCUAUAGGGAACUUCCUUCCCUGUCAUCUGUGCUCCAGGCCUUUUCCACUGUGCGGCUGCAGGGGCACAGAAGGACUAAUGCGCUUGACAGGCAGAACUACAGUGCUACCAGACAAAGUCCCACUUCUGUGGACGGGAUCUGCAGGGAUGCAUGGGACUUACAAAAACAGGCAGAUUGUUAAGUAGCUGAAAUCGCAUUGUAGAUUGAGUGAAUGUCAACGAGAAAGAGCUGAUAAUGUCUAUGUCCAGGUCAGCCACUGAUCUUGUGAAUGUUAUAUUUUUGUUUCCAUUUCUUCUCCUGAAACAUUUGAUUGGUCAUGGACAUGGUGUGUCUUUAUUGACAUAGUUUAGCAGUAAAACCGAUGGAAUGACAACCAUGGAAAGUACUAACCAGAUAAUCGAUUAGUAAUUGACCAUUAUUUUCUUAGAUUGCACUGGGCAAACAUGCCUCUGCCCCAUGUCAGUAUCAUGUGAACAUUCCAAUGCCUUUGAAAGAGAUUGUGGGGCAGCAGGUAGCCUAGCGGUUAAGGGCGUUGGGCCAGUAACCGGAAUGUUGCUGGUUGGAAUCCCAGAGCCGACUAGGUGAAACAUCUGUCUGUGCCCUUGAGUAAAGCACUUAUUGCUCCGGUAAGUCACUCUGAAUCAGAGUGUCUGCUAAAAGACAAAAAUGUAUUUGUGCUUUAGUCACAUUUGUUUUAUUUUGACAAUGAUGUCUGCAUGUUACACUUGUGAGAGGGUGAUAUGUUGUGUGUAUCUCAUGUCCAUAAUAAUGUUUGACAACAUUUGAUGGGUACUAUUUUACACUACAACUGCUGUAUGAAGGAUGUCAAGCAGAAAUGUUGAGGACUGUUCUCUGGCCGAUUUGUCAUUUUUAAAUGAGACAUUAAGCUGUUGAAAUGUAAAUGUUCCUGGAGUGAACAAAGUGAAGGACAAAUUUAAGAAAAUGGCACUUUUGGGUAAAUAUAUAAUGGGGAAAAAACACCACUAGUUGUGAGCAAUGUGUCAAUUGCAAUGGUACUGUGUAGGCUAAAUUAACAGUAGUAUCUAAUGUGAAUUCACCUCAAUCUUCUAAAAUGAUGCAACUUAAUCCCAGAUUUAACCAUGUGUGACUAACCAUGUUAGCAAGCCUUUCAGGCCCUUGGAUCCCACUACAUUAUGCCUUUAAGUCAAGAGAGUUUUAAACAACAUCCCUUUUAUCCAAACAAAUGCUCAGAGAUCCAAAUCAUCUUCACAUUGUUUGUAGUCGUCUCUGGACAGAACACUGCAGUGACGGGAGUUUUUCAAUUGAUUAUGAAAGAGGGUAGAUGGAGAGGGGUUAGAAGAUUAGAAAGCACGUUGUUCACAAGCGCAAGGCAAGCAGCAUUGAGAUCUGAGUGUUUAUGCAGUUUAGCCGUAAAAAAAAGAACACAUUUUGCUUACAGAUA